AUGGAACAUGAGGAAAUGCCAAACCCACAUCGUCCUAGUGGCGGCUCUUCAUCAGGGUCGGAUGAAGACGCGGUGGCAUCCUCCACCUACCCUUACCCGAACGGCACCUACGACACUCCUGAUGGAACCGUGACCUACACUCCUACCUCCAGCAUAUCCGCAUACACCCCGUCGACGGGUUUCUCGUCAGGCCUGUCGUCCUGGAACUCCUACGGCCCUAGACCAAGAGGUGGAAGUGGUGGCCCACAGGGCAUGGAUCGAUCAUUUUCAGAAACUGCGGCGGCGGUGCCAAACGAUUUGCGCAGUUCAAGACCAGGAGCUCCUCUGCGUACGCCGUCAAACACCUAUGCUCCGCCGCGAAAACCUCCGCAGUUCCUGUCCCUCAAUUCUAAAAGGAUGCAUUCGUCAAACACGAUGCGAAGCUCACGGCGGGACCCCAACGCGCAAUACAAGGCACAAGAGAAGGCCUACGUGCAGCGGGUGCGACAACAACCACAAGAAUGGGAUGUCAACGACCCUCGGACGCCGAGUGUUGGAUACAGCACAGACGACGAGACCGACGAUGAGUCCCCAUCUGCCGAGCAUCAGUUCGAUGAUCCGUACGACCCCGAGACGUUGAUGUUCCUUGGGAACGAGGAGAAUCUUCAACCGACGGAGGAGGAAUUGCAAAACCCUCGGAACCGAGAGCGACUUGAGUGGCACUCAAUGCUGGCUUCUGUCCUCAAAGGAGAUGUCGUCAAGCAAGAAAAGCAGAGGCUUAUUGGCACAACUGAGCAAAAGACCAAGUCGGAGCUGGGAUCAGAGAUCUGGCUGGGCGCAAGAGCCAAAUACUAUGGUCGUCCGCUACAAAUGCAGAAGAAGCUCAUUGAGGAAGGUCGUGCUAACAUUGCGCCGGUCAUUGAAUCGAUUAUUGCGUUUGAGAUCAAAGGCGAGACAGUCGUCGGCAAGUCACCACUGGAGCAAGUCGAGGAGGCUGUGGCAAACAUUGAGAAAUGUGAAUGGUUGUACUCGUCCCGCAGAGAGCUUGAAGCGGCACAGAGUAGGGCCGCCUCUGAUGCCUUCAAGCAAAGUUGCGAUGCUAUCAUCUCCUGGCACAACGUCACCCAGUCAAUCAACACCGAGCUCGCCGUCCUGCAAUCAUGGGUCGGAAACCCCGAACUCGAUUUCACCAAGCAGAAGCGGAGGUCCAGCAACGAGGGUGACCUGUCGGACGAUUCUUCCUUCAUUGAUCGCAUUCUCAAAGAGGAUGGCCUGAAAUCGUUGCAAGGGGAGAAAAGCAUGUUCCUGGCCAUCAGCGAGGUCAUCAACAAAGCCAAAAGCACAUUAAUCGAGAACGCAGAAGCUUUCGCUGCCCGGCACCUGCCUCCUUACAUCGAAGAGCUGCUUACCUUGAUCAACUUUCCUUCUCGCCUCAUCCAGGAAAUCAUCCGUAUGCGGUUGUCAUACGCGAAGAAAAUGAAGGAGUCGGCGCAGCAAUCCACCAUGAUCAUCGACCAGAUGAUUGCACAAUUUCAGAUUCUCAUGCGACUUGCCUGCCUGAUCAAGCAAGAGUACCUGGCUAUGUCGCAUCCCGAGCCUGGAUGGGAUCUCCCACCCUGCAUCGAUGAGAACUUCGACUCUGUCAUCGUGGAGGCACUCAAAUUCUACUUCAAAAUGCUGAACUGGAAGCUCGGUGCCAACAAGAACACUUUCCGCGAGGCAGAAAUUCUCGAGCAGGAAUGGGGCUUCUCAAAUGAGAUCGGACGGCAGCUCGAAGGUGGUGACAUCGAGGUAGCAGAACAAUUCAGCUCCCUGACCGCCAAAUCCCUGCUCCGUCUUACUGCUUCGUUCGAGCGCGAGCUUCGAAGCAAACCAGAUGAGAGCUCACAGGAAAUGGAGAAACGGUACAAGGCCAGUCUGGAUUCGGUCCGCGUCCGACAAAGGAAGCUGUUCCGUUUCUCCCGUAUCCUUCGCCAGCAGUUUGAGAAUGCAACAGAAUUCAACCUUAGCAUGGGUGGAGAGCAAAUGCAAGCAUUUGUUGAAGCCCUGGUCUUGUCCGGUCAUUUCCUGGCAGACAUGGGUCCCAAUAGUCCGAAAGGUGUUUAUUUUGUCGCCUCACCUUCGCUAUGGAACCGGCCAAAGGAGAUUCAGUCUAUCCUCGGUACAUCGUACCACGAAGACGACGCAGCAGAAGACCCCUCAAAUCCGUAUAUCUUGGUCAUUCGACCCGAAGAUGAGUUACAGUGGGAAGGGCCUCGGAUGGACGUUGACGUCUUGGAAUUGCCAAACGACGUCAGGCUGGGUAGACUCCGGCUCGUGGCUGAUGGAUCAUCUCUUCGUCUUCAAGGUGCUCGAAUUGAGUUUGCCAACGCCGUUGGCCGGGAAUUGGACGUGGUUAUCGAGCAGCGGGCGAAUUUGUCUCGCGUGAACCUGGAGCUAGGCAAGAUCAAGAAGACGACAUUCAAGCUGUCCAAUACAAUCAUGGAGAGCGUCGAAGUCAUCCGAUCGCAGAAUGGCGGCAUUGCGAGUACGGAACUGGUGCAGUCAUGCUUCGCCUUCGCUACGGAGUUCGGCAAGCGAUCUCUGACCUAUAUGGACGCCAAUCGAAGAAUGAUGAACAAUCUCAAGCUUACUCGACUUGCACUUGACUGGGUCAGCUUCAUCUGCGACGAUUGUGAUGCAGCCGAUCGAAGGACGUUCAAGUGGGCUGUCGUCGCUCUGGAGUUUGCUAUGGUCAUGACCCGUGGAAGGAAUAUUCUGGACGUCAGUGAAGAGGACUACAAGCGCAUUCGGGUCAAGGUCGCCGGAUGCAUGUCUGUGCUCAUCUCGCACUUUGACAUCAUGGGUGCAAGGUCAACACUUGCCGCACAACAAGAGAAAUCGCGGAUGGAGGCGAUAACUGGCAUGAAUAAGCGUUUGGACUAUAACAAGUUGCGGAAUGAUGAGGAUUGCCGCAAGGAAAUGUGUGAGCAAAGACUGAGUGAGCUCAGCGCCAUCGAUCAGGCCCGUGAUGAACGCGGCACCAAGGCAACGCUUGGGCGAGUGCUGGAAGGCUCGAAUGAGGCUGAUCGCUCGUUGACCUUCUUGUCCUCGUCUGCAACGAACAUUACCAUGCGAUGGCAGCAAGGACAGUUUGUCGGUGGUGGCACAUUCGGCUCGGUCUACGCUGCUCUCAACCUCGACACCGGUACUCUGAUGGCCGUCAAGGAAAUCCGCCUGCAAGACCCGCAGCUGAUCCCGACCAUUGUCAAGCAGAUCGGAGAUGAGAUGGGUGUUCUUGCGGUCCUUGACCAUCCCAACAUUGUCUCGUACUAUGGUAUCGAAGUCCACCGUGACAAGGUCUAUAUCUUCAUGGAAUACUGCUCUGGUGGUUCCGUUGCUGGUCUGCUUGAGCAUGGCCGCAUCGAGGACGAGACGGUUAUCAUGGUAUAUGCAUUGCAGAUGUUGGAAGGAUUGGCUUAUCUGCACUCAGCUCAUAUUGUCCACCGUGACAUCAAGCCGGAGAACGUGCUGCUCGACCACAAUGGCGUCAUCAAGUAUGUCGACUUCGGCGCGGCAAAGAUUAUCGCACGACAGGGCCAGACGAUGAUGGCACCGGAACCUGCUGCUCAGGCUCGGCCCAGUGUGGAACCGGGUCAACUUGCAAGACAACCACAAAAGACGAUGACGGGCACACCGAUGUAUAUGUCGCCGGAAGUGAUACGAGGAGAUGGCCCGGCAACAUCGAGGUUCUCGGGAGCCGCAGAUAUCUGGUCACUUGGCUGUGUCAUCCUGGAGAUGGCAACAGGUCGUCGCCCUUGGUCGACGCUGGAUAAUGAAUGGGCCAUCAUGUACAACAUUGCCCAGGGCAAUCCGCCCCAGUUGCCCUCGGAGGAUCAGCUGAGCCCGACGGGUAUUGAUUUCUUGAAGAAGUGCUUUGAACGGGAUCCCGCGAAGAGGAGCUCGGCAGCUGAGCUGCUGCAACAUCCCUGGAUUGUGGAAAUCAGAAGGAUGGUGGUGGAUGACACUGAAGUUCAGACACCGAGGAGCGAUUCCAGUGGAGGCAUGUCUCUCCCCAGUCGACACAACUCGGCAACAUCGUGA